AUGAUCCCGGUGACGGAGCUGCGCUACUUCGCUGACACGCAGCCUGCCUACCGCAUCCUCAAGCCCUGGUGGGAUGUCUUCACCGACUACAUCUCCAUCGUCAUGCUGAUGAUCGCCGUCUUCGGGGGCACACUGCAGGUCACCCAGGACAAGAUGAUCUGCCUGCCCUGCAAGUGGGUGACCAAGGACUCCUGCAAUGAGUCGGUCAGGGGCUGGGCAGCCCCGGAGCGCCCCUACCACAACUCCAGCCCGGCUGAGGCAGGGCCCACCGGGAUCCGCUACGAGCUGGACCGGCACCAGUACAACUAUGUGGAUGCGGUGUGCUACGAGAACCGCCUGCACUGGUUCGCCAAGUACUUCCCCUACCUGGUGCUGCUGCACACCCUCAUCUUCCUGGCCUGCAGCAACUUCUGGUUCAAGUUCCCCAGGACCAGUUCCAAGCUGGAGCACUUUGUGUCGAUCCUGCUCAAGUGCUUCGACUCGCCGUGGACGACGAGGGCCUUGUCCGAGACGGUGGUGGAGGAGAGCGACACCAAGCCUGCCUUUGGCAAGAUGAACGGCUCCAUGGACAAGAAGUCCUCCACGGUCAGCGAGGACGUGGAGGCCACCGUGCCCAUGCUGCAGAGGACCAAGUCUCGGCUGGAGCAGGGCAUCGUUGACCGCUCCGAGACUGGCGUGCUGGACAAGAAGGAGGGCGAGCAGGCCAAGGCCCUCUUCGAGAAGGUGAAGAAGUUCCGCACGCACGUGGAGGAGGGGGACAUUGUGUACCGGCUCUACAUGAGGCAGACCAUCAUCAAGGUGAUCAAGUUCAUCCUCAUCAUCUGCUACACCGUCUACUACGUCAACAACAUCACCUUCGAUGUGGACUGCAAGGUGGACAUUGAAAGCCUGACUGGGUACCGCAUGUACCGCUGCGCGCACCCCCUGGCCACACUCUUCAAGAUCCUGGCCUCCUUCUACAUCAGCCUGGUGAUAUUCUAUGGCCUGAUCUGCAUGUACACGCUCUGGUGGAUGCUGCGGCGCUCGCUCAAGAAGUACUCCUUCGAGUCCAUCCGCGAGGAGAGCAGCUACAGCGACAUCCCCGACGUGAAGAAUGACUUUGCCUUCAUGCUGCACCUCAUCGACCAGUACGAUCCCCUCUACUCCAAGCGCUUCGCUGUCUUCCUCUCCGAGGUGAGCGAGAACAAGCUGCGCCAGCUCAACCUCAACAACGAGUGGACGCUGGAGAAGCUGCGCCAGAGGAUCACCAAGAACUCCCAGGACAAGCUGGAGUUGCAUCUCUUCAUGCUCAGCGGCAUCCCUGACACUGUCUUCGACCUGAUCGAGCUGGAGGUGCUGAAGCUGGAGCUCAUCCCUGAUGUCACCAUCCCGCCCAGCAUCGCCCAGCUCACCAGCCUCAAGGAGCUGUGGCUCUACCACACGGCUGCCAAGAUCGAGGCUCCGGCCCUGGCCUUCCUGAGGGAGAACCUCAAGUCCCUGCACAUCAAGUUCACGGACAUCAAGGAGAUCCCUCUGUGGAUUUACAGCCUGAAGACCCUGGAGGAGCUUCACCUGACAGGGAACCUGAGUGCUGAGAACAACCGGUACAUCGUGAUCGACGGGCUGAGGGAGCUGAAGAGGCUGAAGGUGCUGAGGCUGAAGAGCAACCUCACCAAGCUGCCCCAGGUGGUGACGGAUGUGGGCGUACACCUCCAGAAGCUCUCCAUCAACAACGAGGGCACCAAGCUGAUCGUCCUCAACAGCCUGAAGAAAAUGGUCAACCUGACGGAGCUGGAGCUGAUCCGCUGCGACCUGGAGCGCAUCCCACACUCCAUCUUCAGCCUCCACAACCUGCAGGAGAUAGACCUGAAGGACAACAACCUGAAGACCAUCGAGGAGAUCAUCAGCUUCCAGCACCUGCACCGCCUCACCUGCCUUAAGCUGUGGUACAACCACAUUGCCUACAUCCCCAUGCAGAUUGGCAACCUGACCAACCUGGAGCGCCUCUACCUGAACCGCAACAAGAUCGAGAAGAUCCCCACGCAGCUCUUCUACUGCCGCAAGCUGCGCUACCUGGACCUCAGCCACAACAACCUGACUGCCAUCCCCCCUGAUGUGGGGCUGCUGCAGAACCUGCAGAACCUGGCUGUGACAGCCAACAGGAUCGAGAGCCUGCCCCCGGAGCUGUUCCAGUGCAGGAAGCUGCGGACACUGCACCUGGGCAACAAUGUGCUGGGGUCGCUGCCGUCGCGCGUGGGGGAGCUGAGCAGCCUGGCGCAGAUCGAGCUGCGUGGGAACCGCCUGGAGUGCCUGCCCGUGGAGCUGGGAGACUGCCCCCUGCUCAAGCGCAGUGGGCUGGUGGUGGAGGAGGACCUCUUCAACACCCUGCCCCUCGAGGUCAAGGAGCGGCUCUGGAGGGCCGACAAGGAGCAGGCCUGAAGCCCUGGGCGCAGGGCAGAGCCUCUCAGUAGC